CGCUUCCGGGGGAGGUGCGCUCGGGGACCUGUGGUUGGGGCAGGCCCUUCCGGCGGCGGCGAGGAUGGCGGCGGAGAACCACUGUGAUUUCCCCGUUCCCCCGGUCGGCGGCCUCGGGCUGGGAGGUCCGGGCGGGCCCUGCCGCCGGUGCAGCUCAGCGCCGCCGCCCGGCGCGGUGCCGGGCAAGUGGGUGCGGCUGAACGUGGGGGGCACCUGCUUCCUGACCACUCGGCAGACGCUCUGCAGGGACCCCAAGUCCUUCCUCUUCCGCCUUUGCCAGGCCGACCCCGACCUGGACUCGGAUAAGGAUGAAACAGGUGCCUAUUUAAUAGACAGAGACCCAACCUACUUUGGGCCAGUGCUGAACUAUCUCAGACAUGGGAAACUGGUUAUUAACAAGGACCUAGCUGAGGAAGGUGUACUGGAAGAGGCUGAAUUCUACAAUAUCACAUCACUAAUAAAACUGGUAAAAGACAAAAUAAGAGAAAGAGACAGCAAAAUCUCACAGGUGCCAGUCAAACAUGUGUACAGGGUGCUGCAGUGCCAGGAAGAGGAACUCACUCAAAUGGUUUCCACAAUGUCUGAUGGCUGGAAAUUUGAACAGCUUGUCAGUAUAGGUUCCCAGUACAGCUGUGGCCGGGCCCAGCAGUCAGAGUAUCUGCUGAUAGUGUCACGGGAAGUGAAAGGGGAAGAGAGAUGCUUCCAGAAAUGCUGCAGUGAGCUGGUCAGUAUUGGUUCUUCCUAUAACUAUGGCAAUGAAGAUCAGGCAGAAUUUCUGUGUGUGGUCUCAAAGGAAUUGCAUAACACUCCCUAUGGCACAACCAGUGAACCAAGUGAAAAAGCGAAGAUUUUGCAAGAGCGAGGUUCCAGGAUGUGAAGACAGUAUUGAACGGUGACAGUUUUUUCUCUUUUAUUCCAAGACACAGUGAAUUGUCACACUGAAGAGGCUCGGCUGCAAAAGAAAAAAAUCUGAUUUAGACAAUACUCUGUUGAUCUGGGUUCAACCAUUUUUGCCUAUAAGCCGGUGUCAACUGGCUGAAAGCAUUGCGAGAUUACGUAAUGGGAAUAGAUGGUGUGGGAGUGCGUGCUAAGUUUUGGUUGUAGUGCAUGGUUGUACCCUCCUGUGGGCUGACAGACACUGGUCUUUUCAAAUGACCAUGCACUCAUAUUUUCCUCUGAGACAUGUAGCACUUGAUGUCUGGUGCUGGAUGACCCAAUGUUGAUCAGUUUGGAGACAUUUUCCUACUAAUCAUUGCAAACAUUUAAAGGACAAUGUAAUUGGUGCUACACACACAUUACAGCCCACAAAUGCAAAUAUUUGGGGUCUACCUUGUUUCAGAAUCAGUGGCAGCCCCAGUUGACUCUGUUAUACUGCACAUUCCUUAUGGCUCUGUGACAUACUGUAUAAUGUAGUAACAGUCUAGGAGAUCAACUGAAACUAGCAUGUAAAAAGUUACACAGCAGACAAGAGGUUUCUCUGAAGGAGGGGUGUAUAUAUUGACUGGAUUAAUAGCGUAUUUUAAUGCCCAAAGGGAAGACUAAACUCAGAGAAAAUGGCCUUAAUCUGAGUUAUUCUCGAUGUUCCUUCUGUUGAAACAGUCUCCUCCUGCAAAAGUUAUGCUCCAGUCUUAACCAGAUGUUUGGAAAGGGAAUCAAAAUUCACUGAAAAUGAACAACUGAACAUUUUGUUUCUUUUGAGAUGUUUGUACUCAUAUGUGUGUUUGUGCUUUCAUGAAAUGCCUAUAAGCAAUGAAUUCUGUGGAUUAUGAUAGACAUUUUUCAAGAGCUGGAGGUUGUACGGAAAUAUGGCUGGCUAGUCCUAGCUCCCUGUCUCUACAAGCGUGGUUAAAGUCAACCUUGAGUGUGAACACAAAAUCAUCCCAUUGAAAAGCUUAAUUACAUCAGACAUUCAGGAUACCUGUAACCAACCUUUCUCUUUCUAUACUGUUUCAACUAUGCAGUUAAAGGGCACCGAAAAUAUCUGGUGCAGCUUUAUUAGUUUGUCCUUGAUGAAGGUGAAUACACAAGACUGGAGCUUUUUAAUACACUAUGUUUUAAGCAAAAUCUUUAGCACAUCUUUAAAACACUUAAUGAAAUAGUAUAAAACUCAGUUUCAUUGACUUAUGAAAGCAGUGGGAGUUUCAAAAAGCUACAAGAUUGUUUUAAAUUCUAAAGAUGUUACAGUUUCCAUUGUCAGUAACUUCAGAAUUUAGGCAUCUACUCUAGGUAAUCCUUUACACAAAUGCCUGAUUUCCAAACAGCCAGGCUCUUGGCUGUUUGAGAUUGGUUUGGGGGUUAUUUUGGUUGGUUGGUUGGGGUUUUUUGUUUGUUUGUUUGGCUUAGGUUUGUUUUUUUUUUAAAGAACUUCUUAUACAUUGAUAAAAGUUUGGCAGAAACGAUUUGUAAAAACCAUUUCUACUAAGCAGAUUAAGCAAUGGGCUGAAUGUUUUGUCCAUGCGUCCAAUGCUUGAAAGGGUUUGUAACGCAUUUUGCAACUUGGUUGAGGUCUGCACAGGAAGCUGCUGGCCCCUCCACAACAACGCAGAAAGUGUUUGGUUUUGUUUGGUUUUUUUUUAAGAUGUUAAAACUGAAUUGAAUUUACUAAAAAUGUAAUUGUGUAGGGGGAAAUGUUUAUACUUUUAUACUUUUUUAGGCACCCAUAUUUUAUCAGCUUAAAUUGAGCACUCAAAUUUCCCCGAAAUAGUAACAGAUUAUCUUGUGUAUCUGAAAAUAAGCAUAACAGUUGUCUGUGUUAACUGCAUAUUAAAACAUUUCCUCUGCUGCAGUAGUCACUGUGUUUUUAAGCAGUAUGACUCCACUGAAUUCUCUGAGCUCCCAAGCUCAUGGAAUUGCAGCCAACCAUGUUUCUUGUUGUUUUCUUGAUGUGCUCUACAGAGUAAUACGACAUUGGCUGAAGUGGAUUUUAAUGCCUGAAAUGUUGGUUUUGCAGUGCUCCUUCUGGAUCAGCAUUUCUGUUGUCUCUCUUAUUUAACCCAAAAGAGACAGAGUAUUUUCUUUCAUACACUGAAAUUUUCAAGAAUGACAGCAGCAAAGCAUGAGUAACAAACUGAGCAAACUGAACAAAUGUAGAAUAUGUAAAAGAGUGGGCUUUUCUAGGUGUAUUUUUUUUUCCACUGGAGUAUUUCCAGUUUAAAAACAUGCUUUUACAGUGAGAUUACCUGCAGUCUAGUUUAUAUUGUGUCCCUGUUGUAGCAAAUCUGGGCAAACGAGUGGCUAAUUGUUUUGCACUUUGUUUCCAAUACCUCACAAGGAUGUUAAGAAUGAAAAAGAAAAAACAAUAAACUUUAAUAGGCAGGUAUCUUGCAAAUUAUUUAAAUAUGCUGAGACCACCUGAACUAACCACUUUCUUGUUCUUGCUAAUGCCAUUAUUGCUUUAAUUUUUGUGAACAUGUAGAGUUUUCAGAUCAAUAGCAGUGCUACCGUAUGCCUUCUUCAGGGCAUUAAGAAUUGAUCCCUAAGUUUGGUUUCCUUUUAUUUGACUAUUGUAAUUUCAAAUAAAGCUAGUUAUAGUAACGAGGUAACUGCAUGAGAGUCCAGUAUACAUCACCAGGUUUUGUAAACAUGGCUUCAUCUGUCAAGAUCUUGCAGCAUGAGGUGAUGUACUGGUACAGCUUAAACUGGAGUCCUUUGUUUCUUUCUGUCAUUUGAAGAGUAGUUACUUCAAGAGAACUGCCUAUGACUGUGUAAAGCCAGUGGGUUCAUAGAUGUACUGCGGAAGCCUGUGAUGUGAACUCUGGAUUUACACAGCUCCUGUAUUCUUGAAACAGUAUUCUAGGUUAGAAUUUAAGAUCCUGAGCACAAAGAGAUCAUAGCAGAAGAAAAUAAGCAGGAAGGAAGAGAUACCAAAACAUAACAAUUAAUCAAGGUGAUCUCUGACGGAAAUGUAAAUUCUGUGAUUUAACUUUCUACCCUUUUGCUAUAUGAAUAUUCAGUGAUGUUCUUUGGUGUGUUGUCCAUGGAACAGGAGGUUACUUCAGCACAUGAUUUUCAGUGAAAUUCCUUAAAGGCUGUUACAAACUUCUUGCAAAAGUUGUUUGAAAAACGAGAGGUUCAAAUUUGCCAUAGCAAUUUCUUGCUUUGAAGAAGCGAGGAAACGGGUAGCAUACUGUUGGCCGUAAGCUUUAUCAGAGGCUCGUUUUCUGCACUGGUGAUGACAUUUUUGUAUUAAAUGCUUUUGACUUCUUCAAGCAGCAAUCAAAUCAGGGCUUAUCUGCAAUGAAUGAGUCAUCCUGAGGCCUCCAAGACGCAAAUGGCAUCUGCUCCAUAAUAACUGUCCAAAAGUAUAGUCUGACCUGGCAGCUCACACAGUAAAUGUGAAAGAGAUUAUUUUUGGUUUUUUUUUAACCAAAAGACAAGAGGUUAUCUGGAAUUUCCCCCCACUUCCUGUGGGGUCACCAUGGAUUAUGUGCAGUUUGUUAUCCUGCAGUAAUUUAUUGUCUGUCAAAGGCCUGAUUGUAUUUAGGAGCUUAUAUUAAUUCUCUACUAAACUUUCAUCCCUCAGAAUCAUAUACUCAAAAACUCUUGACAAUUUACUGUGUUUUUUUCCAAACUCAGGUUUCUUGUGAUGAUGAAGGUUCCUUUUGUCUUUCAUUGUAGCAUUAGUAAAAGAUACUUUUUAAGAAACCGAGUUUAAAGUCUCCAUCCACCUUUUUUUUUCUUCAAGUUUUCCUUACAGGAGCUGUAUUGCUCCCUUUCUAGCAAUGUGAAUGCUCAGUUAUGGCUGAUUAGAAACAGGACUGUUUCCUGAAGAUACCAAAAUUGAAUCAGUCUCCUCUUUCUCUGGGAGAGUUUCAUUGGUUGG